AGUGACGAAACAACAAGCAUAAAUAUGGUUACCGUGACUACAGUUUUGUUGCAGCUGGCUUUCGUGACGUAACACAUUCGUCACGUUUGUCUACGAAAAAUACAAGUACAGUAGUUGUUGAUUGUCGACUGCAAACACAGUCAGAAAGAAAUAUUCUCAGUCAUGAAUAUCAUUAGUGGAUCCUUAGUUAAGAGAGACAAAUCUCAAAUUCAGGUAAAUGACGCUUUAGCAGAUGCGGAAAUAAUAGGUUUCUAUUUUUCUGCUCAUUGGUGCGGACCUUGUCGUGGGUUCACUCCCCUCCUGGUUUCCGCUUACGAAGAAAUGAAAAAAUUAAACUAUAAAUUCGAAGUCGUUUUUGUAUCAUUUGACGAGAAUGAGGAAUCUUUAUUUGAUUAUAUGAAAGAAAGCCACGGUGAUUGGUACGCUCUUCCCUACGGUUCUACAGAUACCGAGAAAUUAAAAAAACAAUUUAACAUCGAAGGCAUUCCAACAUUAAUCAUUCUCAAGAAAGAUGGAACUUUAGUAAACGACGACGGCGUAGACGAUAUUGAAGCCAAAGGAGCAGAAGCUUAUAAAGACUGGAUUAAAUGAAUAUCGUAAACUUUAUUAACGGAAAUUAUAAAUUACAUAAAUAAAUCGAGAAAUAUUAUCUUUCAAUACCUUCUGUUUAAUAAAAAUAUUUUUAAAUUCCA